AGAUUGAAUCUUUUUGAGUAAAGAAAAGAUAAAAUGGCGUCAAUGUUGCUUAGUCGACAGCUGACCUGUUGCCUGCAGCAAAACUCCAGACUGCUUCUAUUUGGACACAGAUAUAUCAGUCAAGCUGCAGCUAAAAUUGACUUGGAUUUUGAUUAUGAUGGACCUCUAAUGAAGACAGAAGUUCCUGGACCACGAUCUAGAGAAUUAAUGAAGCAGCUGAAUGGCAUUCAGAAUGCAGAAGCUGUACACUUUUUUUGCAAUUACGAAGAGAGCCGAGGGAACUACCUAGUAGAUGUAGAUGGCAAUCGCAUGCUGGAUCUCUACUCUCAGAUUUCAUCCAUUCCAAUAGGUUACAGCCACCCCUCUCUGAUAAAGCUUCUACAGCAGCCACAGAACUUGAGCACUUUUAUCAACAGACCUGCCCUAGGGAUUUUACCUCCAGAGAACUUUGCAGAAAGACUGAAGGAAUCUUUGUUAUCAGUGGCUCCCAAGGGCCUGCCACAGGUGAUGACCAUGUCUUGUGGAUCCUGCUCUAAUGAAAAUGCCUUUAAAGCGAUAUUUUUGUGGUACAGAAACAAGGAGAGGGGCCACAAUAAUGUCACAAAAGAGGAACUGGAAUCUUGCAUGAUUAACCAGCCCCCCGGCUGCCCCGACUACGCCAUGCUCUCCUUCAUGGGCGGCUUCCACGGGAGGACCAUGGGUUGCUUAGCUACAACUCACUCUAAAGCAAUUCACAAAUUGGACAUUCCAUCACUGGACUGGCCUAUUGCUCCAUUUCCAAGGCUAAAGUAUCCCCUAGAAGACUUCGUGAAAGAGAAUCAACAGGAAGAAGCCCGUUGUUUAGAGGAGGUGGAAGACCUGAUUGUAAAGUACAGGAAAAAGAAGAAGAUUGUGGCUGGAAUCAUUAUAGAACCGAUACAGUCAGAGGGUGGGGACAAUCAUGCCUCGGAUGACUUCUUCAGAAAGCUACGAGAUAUUGCCAGAAAGCACGGCUGUGCGUUCUUGGUGGAUGAGGUGCAGACGGGAGGUGGCUGCACAGGAAAAUUCUGGGCACAUGAACACUGGGGCCUGGAUGACCCAGCCGAUGUGGUAACGUUCAGCAAGAAGAUGAUGACAGGAGGAUUUUUCCACAAAGAGGAGUUCAGGCCAAAUGCUCCCUACCGGAUUUUUAAUACCUGGCUUGGAGACCCAUCCAAGAACCUUAUGCUCGCUGAAGUCAUUAAGGUUAUUAAAAGAGAAGACCUUCUAAACAAUGCAACCCACGCCGGGAAAGCACUGCUGACUGGGCUGCUGGAUUUACAGGCUCGUUACCCCCAUCUCAUCAGCAGAGUGAGAGGAAGAGGAACAUUCUGUUCAUUUGACACUCCAAACGAUGCUACUAGAAACAAGUUAAUUACAAUAGCCAGAAACAAAGGUGUUGUGCUGGGAGGCUGUGGUGACAGAUCGAUCCGUUUUCGUCCGACGCUGAUCUUCAAGGAUCACCACGCGCACCUCUUCCUGAACAUUUUCAGUGACAUCUUGGCAAACUUCAAGUAAGAAGCAGCUCCCUCGCACUGAACAGCUGAUCAUGAAAUUAGUUUGCAUUAAUUCAUGUCUUCUCUACUUACCAGAUAAGUGUAAAGUCAUAACCUAAGGUUUGUGUCCUGUCUGUAACCCUGCCCGAGGCAAGCCGCUCCACGCAGACUGGGCCCGGGCAGAGCCUUGGUACUGGUCACCAGCAGGUACGUGCAGCGGUCCCACGCUGUGCGUUCAUAGAAGCUGUGGCCCUCCGUCUUCGGCCUGGGUCCUGUUAAUUGCAGAGUCCUCUCCACCUUCACGGCCCUGACUAUGUGAUUGUCU